UCACUUUCGUUUUAAGCACAACCUCCACGUUUGCCUCAGCCAAAUACUUCAGCACUGGAAAGGGGUGAGGAAGAAACUGGCAAAAUGCAAAAUGGCCACGCGGGUCUGAGCAAUGGAAGUGGCAUCCACGGUGGGGGCAAGCACGUGUCGGCGGACAACAGAAAGCUUUCAGCUCCCGUUUCGGAAAAAAUGCACAGAAAAAUCCAUUCUACCUUGUCCGUCAACAGUGACAGCAGCAAGAAGAGCAAAAUAAGCUCUGUGUUUUCUCAAAAGCCAGGUACUUCACCUGAAGAUUGCUGUGUUCACUGCAUCCUGGCCUGCUUGUUCUGUGAAUUUCUCACCCUCUGUAACAUAGUUCUGGGACAAGCAUCCUGUGGCAUCUGCACGUCGGAGGCCUGCUGUUGUUGCUGCGGGGAUGAGAUGGGGGAUGACUGUAACUGCCCCUGUGAUAUGGACUGUGGCAUAAUGGACGCGUGUUGUGAAUCUUCAGAUUGUUUGGAAAUCUGCAUGGAAUGCUGUGGGAUUUGCUUCCCAUCAUGAAAUAUUUAUCCCUUUUUAUUUUAUCCUCUUAACAACUGGAGAGCUUUUCUUUAAAUACUUUUGAAGAAAGACAAGGUAAGAUUAUCACACAGCCCACUGGUAUUGCACUGUUACUUCCUAUACCAAUUUGGUUUUUUU